GUUUUCAAACUUUAUCCUUUUUUUUUUUCUCUAGUUGUUUUUUUUAAAUUCUGCAGUUAUUUUCCUUUUCACUAUAUCUGAUUCAGUAAAUCCCUGCAACAGCAGUACUCUUAUUCAGUUCCAUAAAAAAAAAAAUCACACAGUCACUUUAAUCAGCAAGUGGCAAGAAAGACAUGGGAACUUAGCUUGGGUCUUAAGGAGUUGCUGCAUUUAUUAACCAACCAAUAGCCUGAACCGUACACACACAGCACUGCUACGUUCAAAGCUAUAGUGUUAUGCUAACUUCAUUCUCACUGCCACACACAAGCUCUCGCUCUCUUGAUCGCACACUCGCUAAUAUUACACACACAACCUGCGCACUGAGUUAUUGCUUAAAGGAGUUUGAUACUUCUACAACACAUUUUGGUUCAAAAAACAUAAAGACAUUUUCCCAAUGCUAAAGCCAGACAGGGAGUCCACUUAGGUACAGCGGGCCACCGGGCUUUCAAUAAACCCUGCUUUGUUUUUAUAAAACUUGAAACUCUGCUUGUUUAACAAUCCUUCUCUGUCCCCUUCAGACCAUACUGAAGGUGAGUCGAUGUGAACACUCCAUCAUGGAGCAAGCCAGGGAGCUCAUCCAGAAAGAGCUGGAGGAGGAAACCUACGAGCGGCUGAGAAAGAUAAAAAAGAGCGUGUUGGAGCCGGUGCAAGGAGCAGGUUCCUUCUCCUCCACAGGCAGCCUAGACCUCAGGAGAAAUUACGCCUCCAUGCCGGCAGCCGAGGUGUCGCUGGCAGUCUUCUCAAACGCAGAGGGGGUGUUCAGUCCCAAGAUGGCUAAGCACGUCCAGAGCUUCCUUCUGCAGGUGUCGGGUAACCGGCUGGCAAAGGCUCUGUUUCAGCUAGCCAUCUGUGGAGGCUCGCUGGCCGUCCCACUGGACCUGGUGCCCAAAGACAAGGCACCCAACACCACAGAACAAACUAAGAGUGAGGACAAACCCACCACCUCCCUCCCCAGUGAAGCCAAAGUGAAGCAGUACCUUAAAGACAGCCUGUCCUCUCAGAACACAGCCAUCACUUUGGCCCACAUGGCCUCUUUGGAGAGAAAGUUGACCAAACACUUCCAUGUCAAAGAUUUCCUCUCUUUAGAGCAGGGCAACUUUCUGGAGUUUCUGGUUAAACACGUUCAGCUGCUGCAGGACACACUGGGCUCUACUUUGCUUCUGGGCAGCGGCAGCAUGGAACUUACUGGCAGUGGUUUCAGACCCACCAGACAAGAUGUGUUUGAGUUCAUCACACAGUGUGGGGACAUAACAUCCACUGAUACAGAUGAACUCUCCCACAUUGAAACAGCACUGAGAGCCCACUACAGGGUCCGGGACAGUCGGGACCUCGGCUACGGCACUCUGCAAAUGCUGGCUGGCCUGGUCCAGCGUCAGAGAGGGCUGGCUGGAGGAGGGCUGAGCCAGGUCUACUACGAGUCAGCCCUGUUUGCCAAACACAGCAAAUUGAGGUUAGCAGUUUUUUAUCAGACGGACAAAAUAGGGAGGUACGCAUGGGACGAUUAUCCUGGUUUAAAUAUUUGUGAUUAACGAUAUUAUCCCGAUAAUCAUCAAAAUAUGUUGCUCUAAGACAAACAGCAAUCACUACACCUUACAAUUUUCAUUAAGGAACUAGUAUUGUUAUUGUUGGAAUGCUGUUAAGCAUUCCAUCCAUCCAUCCAUCCAUUUUCCACCGCUU